UGUUAGAUGAGAUAAAGCUUACAGAGUUUAGAUUUUGGGCUGCCGGGUGCGAUAAGUAAUAAUGAGUUACAGGCUACAUUAAGAUAUAUCAAGGUUGGAGACCAAAGUUGAGAGGCUAAAGUCGGUAGUACAAGUUAAAGAUAGGGAGAUUGCAACAGUUACACGAAUAGAAGCCAAAGGUAAGGCUGCUUUUAAAGCUCAAAUUGACAAGCUACAGUAGGAAAAUGUUGAACUCCAGAGAAGGGUUAUUGGCAAUCAGCAAGUAAGAACUCAACAAAUACAUGAGAUGAAGAAGAAAGAAAAGGAGUACAUCAAAUUGCAGGUGAGAACCUACAGGGUAUAGGAAUACCUACAGGAAAGCUGGAUAUGUAUGUUGCUGCUGCUGGCAUAAACCCUCAAAGAUGAAAGAGGCACUAUCAGCAUUGACAUGUACAUGUGAUUUUAGGCAUGAACCAGGAGAGUGAGAGUUUUAGUGUGCCGUGUUUAGAAUUUGCCGAUAUCUUUUUCCCGUUCCAGCAAGUAUUCCUGAUUGUGGGGAUUCUUCCAGUAAUGCUAGAUAUUGGUACUAACAACGAGAAGUUACUUAAUGAUUCUCUUUGAUUUAUUGGAGUUGAGGAGUCCCACAAUCUUUAUGUUCUGUUUGUUUUUCCAUCACUUUUUCAAGGCUGUUCAAUUGGAGUUCCAUCUUCAGAUGGAAGUCGUAUUCUUGGCCUCGGUGACCUUGGAGUUCAGGGAAUAGGAAUACCUAGAUUGGAGGGAGAAGAGUAUCUAUCUAUUGUUGAUGAAUUUAUGGAAGUCGUGCAUACAUGUUGGCCUAAAGCUAUUGUUCAGUUUGAGGAUUUUCAAAUGAAAUGGGCUUUUGAAACAUUACAACGUUAUCGUAAGAGGUUCUGCAUGUUCAACGAUGACAUACAAGAACAAGGAUGAAUAAUCAAUGAAAAAGGAAUGAAGAGGUUUAUCCAUGCAAGCUUCAAACCAAAGCCAAGGAUGUCGAUCCUUCCAGGGGAGUCCAAAGUUCUCCCUUAUUUUUCUCCCUUUAUUUUGAUUUUCAAAAGUUUGCAAUUUUUUAAGUGGGGGUGGGCAAUUGCUUGCAUGUUUAGUCUAAACUUGGAGGUUCAAAUUUUGCCCAAAUUUCAAAAUUUCUAAAAAAAAUUUCCUUACAAUAAUGAGCACUAUACCUUCUUAGAUUACUUAGAUCUUGCAUAAAAAGCAUGACUAGCAACCCUUGAUCACUGAGCUUGGGUUUGUGAUGUAAAAUUCUGAAUGUUGAUGAGUAUAUGUGCUGAAAUUUGAGAAUAAGCUGCCAGUGUUUUUUGGUUUAAGCCCAUUUUUAGCGAUAUCUUAUGGAGAUGUGAAUGCAUGAUUGAGAAAAUGGUAUGUGUGUUGUGAAUGCUUGAUUGCAUGCAUAUAAUAAAUAAGUGCAUGGAUACUUUUCUAGCUUUGUCUUCCUUUGUUUCUUUGCCAUGACUUACCUAUGAUGCGCUUAGUCCAAACCUAGCCUAGAUAGAGUUAAAAAAGGAUAGGAGGUACUCUUUAGAAAUUGAGAUGGUUUUAACAAAUUUGUCUUGUCAAACAUGAGUUUGGAGCCUCUUGUCUAGCCACAAUGAACUAAAUCCCUUUAGAAAGGGUGGGCAUUAACAAAUCUUGUUGUCACUUCGAAGGGAGCAGUCAAACUUAGAAACUAAGUGUAGAACCAUAGAAAGGUUACCCCAUCGGUUAUUGUGUGCGUACCAAAGAAAGAAAAGAGAGACUUGCAAAUGUAAAACUUAAGACAGCGAGACAAUUAAGAGCUAAAAAAAACAAAGAACAUAUGCAUUAUACAUCAGAAAAAUCCCAUAAAAAAAUGAAGGGAAACUUCACUUUUGGCCUAACCAAAAGCAGACCACCUACUCUUAGCGUUCUAGACAUAGCAUUGAGUUUGAUGAGGGCUUUGAAAAGAGGAGGAAUCCUCCCCGUUCCACACUAGGGGAAAAACGAGACUUGUCACUCCGAAGGGAGCAGUCAAACUUAGCAUUGAGUUCAAGGUAUCCUUCUUAGAUUCUUGAAUCAUGACUACAUUAGGACUACAAUGAGCACCAUUGUUAUGGAUCAAAAUAAAGUUCCAAAUGUUCAUCCAAUCGUGCCAUCAAAUGUGUCAGAAGGAAAUAUUCAUGUUAGCAUUGGAAAGACGUCAAUAGCAGUGGAAAGAAUUGAAGAAAAAAGUGAAACAAAAGUGAAUGGAGACAGGAAAAUGAAAUUAUCCCAGAAAAGCCAACAAUGUGUAGCAAAUGGUACAAACAAGAGUUGAGAAAAGAUGGGGCGUGAUUUCAUGGUUUCAAAUGGGAAGUCAUCAUGUGUAUUUUAAGGGAAAAUAUUUUGUUUUUCUAGUUCCUUUCCAGAAGAUCGGGUAUGUUGUAAAGAUUCUUUCCUCUUAUUUCAAACAGCAUGAUUAAUGUACACUAUGCACUUUAGGUUUUAGAUGUAUUAUUGUGGUAAAUAGCAUCCAUUUUUUUAAAAAAAUAACAAAGUAGAAGCCCUGUAUUCAAUAUCAGUUGACUUGAGUAAAGAGUAGUUCAUUACUGCUCCAACUCCAUGAUUUUAAAAGCAAGUCAAUGGUGCAGAUAGGAUUCUAGAUCUACCGUUUCUUUAACACUCCGAUCCUGUUAAGAGAAUGAUAUAAAAAAAAUGGAAAAAUUACCUUUUUAGUCCCCAAUUUUAUAGAAAUAGGUUUAUUGGUCCUUAGAGUUUUCAAAAUGUACUCUUUUAAUCCUUGAGUGCUUAAUGUUAUACUGGAGACUCUCAAAACCAAUUUUUAGAAGAAGUUAUUCUACCUUAAAAAUGUAUAAAGUUAUAUUGGGGACUUUCUAAACCAAUUUUUAUAAACUUAGAGACUAAAAAGGUGCAUGACCAAAUGGGUCUAUUUUUCUAAACCUGGAGACUAAAAAUGUACAUUUUUAAAACUCAAGAACCAAACACACGUGUUCUUCAAAACCAAAAACUUGGGGAGUAAUUUUCCUAAAAAAUUUAAGAUAGUGCCAAAUGUCAUUUAGCAUGUGAAAUAAUUACGAUUUUCAUUUUUCAUUUGAGGAAUAUGCCUUCAAAAUUUUUUUACAUUUUAUUUUUGAACACUAACAAACAUGCAUCAACUUUUGACUUCCAUAAUCCCAAAUAUUUUUUAUGUAUAUUUUGAUAUCAUAUUUGAAAUUCUCCUACUAGAGAGCUGAAAUUGUUGAAUUGAUAAAUCAAGGGGGAGGCGAGGUUGUUGAAGAUCACAUGAAGCAGAAAGUGCACUUCACUGUUGAAUGUCAUGGUGGGAUACCAAGGAGUACAGACGUUCAUAGUACUUAUGUGUCAAGUCAUCGGGUUCGAUCAUGUUUAGAGCUGAAUGGAUAUAUGAGUGUGUCAACCAGAUUUUCCCGCCAGACUGUUCGCUUGUUGGUCAAGACCAUUCAGAAACUUCUCCAAUUGGUGCUUUAUCUAACCAGUGGUCAAAAAGAGCUGAAAGAAAAGAAGAUGUCGGCAAUUCUACUACUGAAGAUGGGACUGUGGGCAUAUGUGAUGGCUUUUAGUGAAACACAAACAGAGUCUCAGGUUGAUGACGGUGAAUGGGAGCUAUAUCCACAAGUAACUGCUCUAUGCAUUGGAAAUGCUAAAUACUUUGGCGGUGGUAUGAAAAUUUUGCCAAAUGCUGAUCCUUCCAACAGGAGUCUAGAGGUAGUAAUUCUUCAGGAUUUCAAGUGGUAUGACUUUAUUCUGAAUUUACACAAAAUAUACAAUGGGACAUAUUUGACGGUGAAAAACGUAACAUCAAGAAGGUUUUCAUCAUUAUUCAUUUGGUGGCUAAAUAUUACUCAUGGAGAACUUAAGGACGUUUCUAGAGAAUGCAAGACCAUGUUUGAGUGAGAAAUUGGUCUCGAUGAAAUUGAGAGUUCAAUGAACAGCACAUACAAUGCAAGUAAAUCUACCUACUCAAACCCAUCUUCUAUUUCUAAAGCAGAAGGGCUUUCGGUGGCUGAACCAAUAGAAGAUUCUUCGUUGGGAAGCAAAGCUUAUAGCUUUGAUGAGUAUCUAAAGGUUACAGAAGAGCAACUGAAAGCUUACGAUCAGCUCCAAACCAAUUUUCCAGCACAAAGCCAGAGUGGAUCCCAAGUACAACGGGAAGGCUACAUUAAGAUACAUCAAGGUUGGAGACCAAAGUUGAGAGGCUAAAGUCGGUAGUACAAGUUAAAGAUAUGA